UGAAUGAAGGUUCUGCUGUUCUGCUGCGACAGCGAUCGUCGGCAAGUUUUUGUUUGUUGCGCAAUAAAAUAAAUAACCAACCACUCGGAAAGAGUGAAAACAAAUCAUUUCCGGGCGUUUCAAUUCAAACUUAAAUUCAUCAAGUUGUAAACAGAAUGGCGACCGACACUUUUAUGGAGAAACUGCGAUCAUUUUUCGGGUUGCGCAUCGGAGUUGAUUCGCCGCGGAACGACUUUCGGAAUCCGAUCUGGGGCUCGGACGACGACGACGACGGUGAUGAGCUGUACACGAGGCAGAAUAUAGACGUGCAGGGGCACCUGGACUUGCACCAUGAGUUUGCCAAGCAGGUACACGAUAUGUUCCGUUCGUUCGGGGGCAUGUUCGGAGACAUGACGACAUUCUUCCAGGACGAGGCUAUCGACGCGACUCCCGGCUCGUUGAUGGAGCCCCCAGCCGAGCCUGAGCACUUCAACAGCAAUACCAUCAGAGACUACUACCUAAAGCCUGGCUACCACAGUAGGAGGCAAGACGAACCGAAAGAUAUCGACUUGGACGGCAAAAUUUCCUCACACGAAAUAUCAGGGUUGUUAAAAAAGAAAGGACAAGGCAUUGAUCCUGGUGCUGUGAAGCCGUUUGAUGGCAACCUGGUACCUGGACGCUCUUUCUGCCAAACUAUUAUAACAACCAGUGUGAAGAAGCCUGAUGGUACAGUUGAAACUAGGAGAAUAGUAAAAAAUGGUAAUGAAGUUAUUGAAGAGACUACUACAUCAUCUGGGCCCGACUCCAGAGGUCCCAACACCCCAGGUUUGAGCCCUAUUUCUUCUACUGGUAUUAUUUUUUCAGAACUAGCGUCGAUGUUUAAAAAUUUUUACUAAUAUUAACUUCACCUUGGUAGAUUACACUAGACAUUUAAAGACUUCAUAGUAAUAGUUUAAUGGCAACAUUCAUUCUUGCAGAUAAAUUAAAAAGAUGAUGCUAAAAAGUAUAUGAAAUGUACUUGAACUAAUGCCAAAAGCAGAAGUACUUAUUUUAUAUCUUUUACUAAUUUUAUCGAGUCUUAGCACUAAAAGAUUCCUUUUUAUUGUGAUUUAGGAUACAAAUCCAACGUUGUAAAUUAUUUAGUGUAGCUUUGGAUUGUCAAAUUUUUGUCCUAAUUAUAAUUAGAGUAUGCAACAUUGUACCUUUCAUGUGACAUUUUAUUAUUAAUAAAUAAAUAAUUAUAAAAAUUG